GAGAUCAUAACUUCUUCUGAAAAUAGUCUCCCCAGGAACUUUCCACUGAAGCCAAACAGUUAAAGCAAAACCUAUAGAUUAGGCCAAGUUCAGGGAAGAAUGUGACUUGCUUCCUUCUAUAAAAGGAGAGCACUGGGUAAAAUGUGUUUCUAGAUUAUGUGCUUCACGUUUCAAAGGGCAACAUGAGUAAGAGAGAGAGAAGUGUGUGUCAACAAACUGGGGCCUUAUUAUGCAAGAAUUUGCUUAAAAAAUGGAGAAUGAAAAGGGAGUCCUUAAUGGAAUGGUUGAGCUCAUUGCUCCUACUGCUUUCUUUGUACCUAUAUCCUACUACUCAUGAAGUCACUGAUUUCUCUUCACUGCCUACCAUGGACCUGGGACGGGUAGAUUCAUUUAAACUAUCUACUACAUUUACGAUUGUAUACACACCUCUCACCAAUAUAACCCAACAGAUAAUGAAAAAAGUUGCCUUGGCCUCCUUGGUAAAUGAGACAGACAUCUUGGGACUGUCUGAUGGAGAAAGUUUUGAAGAAGUAAUGGCAAGAUUGCCUAUGGGAGCAGUAGGAGUCAUCUUUACUAAUACAUUCUCAUAUAAUUUGAAAUUCUCAUGGGAAAAAUCAAUUUCAAAUAGGAAGGAACACAGAGACCAUACAGCUCAUUGUUAUGAAUCAUAUUGGGAAGAUAUUGACUGUGGAGUUGCAUCAUCCUGGAAGAAAGGCUUUGUGGCUCUUCAAGCUGUCAUUAAUGCUGCUAUUAUAGAAAUCACAACAAAUCACUCAGUGAUGGAGGAAUUGAUAUCAGUUACUGGAAAAAAUAUGAAGAUACAUCCCUUCGUGAGUCAAGAAGGGACAACCAUGGAUCUCUACCUUUUCUUCUUCCUUAUUUCCUUUUCCCCAUUCAUUUAUUAUGUCUCUAUUAAUGUUACAAAAGAGAGGAAAAGGAUGAAGGGUUUGAUGACAAUGAUGGGUCUUCGACAUUCAGCAUUCUGGCUCUCCUGGGGUUUGCUCUAUGCUGGUUUCAUCUUCAUCGCUACCCUUUUAUUGGUGCUUAUUAUAAAAUCUAUCCAAUUUGUCAUUUGGACUGGCUUCAUGGUGGUCUUCACUCUCUUUUUCCUCUAUGGAUUGUCUUUGAUAGCUUUGGCUUUUCUAAUGAGCGUCUUGAUAAAGAAACCAUUCCUCACUGGCCUGGUCGUGUUCCUUCUCACUGUCUUUUGGGGGAGUCUAGGAUUCACGGUCUUGUACAGGCAUCUUCCUGCAUCCUUGGAGUGGAUAUUGGGUUUUCUCAGCCCCUUUGCCUUCAUGCUUGGAAUGACCCAGCUCUUACGUGUGGACAAUGAUGUGAAUUCCAAUGCAUUUCCUGCUUUUUCAAACUACUCAAGUCAAAUAAUAGCAGCACAUUUUAUGUUGGCUUUUGAUAUUUUCCUCUACCUGGCAUUGACGAUUUAUUUUGAAAAAAUUUUGCCAAAUGAAUAUGGACACCAAUACUCACCCUUGUUUUUCCUGAAGUCCUCAUUUUGGUCACGACAACGUAAUGCUGAUCAUGUGGCCCUUGAAGAUGAAAUAUAUUCUGAUCCUUCAUCUAAUGACUCUUUUGAACCAGUGUCUCCAGAAUUCCAUGGGAAAGAAGCCAUCAGAAUCAGAAAUGUUACAAAAGAAUAUAAAGGAAAGCCUGAUAAAAUAGAAGCUUUGAAAGAUCUGGCAUUUGACAUAUAUGAAGGCCAAAUCACUGCAAUACUUGGUCACAGUGGAGCUGGAAAAUCAACACUAUUAAACAUUCUUAGUGGGUUAUCUGUUCCCACCAAAGGUUCUGUCACCGCGUAUAGUAAUAAACUUUCAGAAAUGGCUGACCUAGAAAAUAUCAGCAAGCUCACUGGAGUUUGCCCACAGUACAAUGUGCAAUUUGACUACCUCACUGUAAGAGAAAAUCUCAGACUCUUUGCUAAAAUAAAAGGGAUUCCACCACAGGAAGUGGAACAAGAGAUACAAAGAGUUGUGCUGGAGUUGCAAAUGGACAGUAUUGAAGACGUCCUUGCUCAAAACUUAAGUGGUGGACAGAAAAGAAAACUCACUUUUGGGAUUGCCAUUUUAGGAGAUCCUCAGAUUUUCCUAUUGGAUGAACCAACUGCUGGGUUGGAUCCCUUUUCAAGGCAUCAAGUGUGGAACUUGCUGAAGGAGCGGAAAAUGGACCGUGUGAUCGUGUUCAGUACCCAGUUCAUGGACGAAGCUGACAUCCUGGCUGACAGGAAAGUGUUUCUCUCCAAAGGGAAGCUGAAGUGUGCAGGCUCAAGUCUGUUUCUAAAGAAGAAAUGGGGGAUUGGGUAUCACUUAAGUUUGCAGUUGAAUGAAACGUGUGUUCAAGAAAAAAUAACAUCCAUUGUUACAAAGCACAUCCCUGAUGCCCAAUUAUCAGCAAAAAGUGAAGGAAAACUUGUCUAUACAUUGCCCUUGGAAAGAACAAAUAAAUUUCCAGAACUUUAUGAGAAUCUUGAUCUCUGUCCUGACCUGGGAAUUGAGAAUUAUGGUGUUUCCAUGACAACCUUGAAUGAGGUGUUCCUGAAACUAGAAGGAAAAGCAACUAUUGAUGAACCAGGUAUUGCCACAUCUGGGGGAGGACAAGCAGAAGGAGCUGGAGACACAGAAAGACUUGUUGAGAUGGAACAAGUUCUCUCUUCACUUAGUGAGAUGAAAGAAACAGUAGGUGGCAUGGCUCUGUGGAGACAGCAAAUCUGUGCAAUUGCAAGGGUCCGCUUAUUGAAGCUAAAGCAGGAUAGAAAAUCUCUUUUAUCACUGCUAUUGAUUCUAGGAAUUGGAUUUAUUCCUAAUCUGUUGGAGUACAUCAUCUCGAAAAUAUAUGUUGGCAGUUACACAUGGGAAUUUUCUCCCCAUUUAUACUUCCUUGCUCCUGGACAACCACCACAUGAUCCUCUCACUCAAUUAUUAAUCAUCAAUAAUACAGGGGCAAGCAUUGAUGACUUCAUACAUUCCGUGGAGCUUCAGAACAUAGCUUUGGAAGUGGAUGCAUCUGGAAAUAGAACUGGCGUAGACGAUCCAUCUUAUAAUGGAGCCAUUAUAGUGUCUGGUCAUGACAAGAAUUACACAUUUUCAUUAGCAUGCAAUACCAAGAGACUGAAUUGCUUCCCAGUUCUUAUGGAUAUUGUUAGUAAUGGGCUGCUUAGAAUGGUUAAACCAUCAGCACGUAUCCAAACUGGAAAAAGCACGUCUUUGCUGGUACUGGAUAAUCCAUUUGGAUUCAUAAUGCCUACCUUGCUCUGCCUGUUUUUGUUAUCCAGUUGUGCUCCUUACAUUGCCAUGAGCAGCAUCGAUGAUUAUAAGAACAAAGUGUGGUCCCAGCUUCGGAUUUCCGGGCUCUUCCCUUCCGCUUACUGGUUUGGGCAGGCGUUGGUGGACGUCCCACUAUACUGGCUGAUGUUCCUUCUAAUGUAUUUGCUGGAUAUCAUUUUAAGCUCCAGAUAUUCUAUAAUUACAUUUUUAGAUCCAGCUAUACAUAUCCCAUGUGUUAUUGGUGCUGCCACAUCCCUUAUUUUCUUUACCUAUGUAAUUUCGUUCAUUUUUCGCAAGGGGAGAAAAAAUAGUGGCAUUUGGUCUAUGGUCUACUUUGUCAUCACCCUUUUAUGUGUGGCCAUAAUUAUAGUGGAAUCCCCUGGAUAUAUUUUACUGUUUUUCAUCAACUUUUUCGUACCACACAUCACAAUAGUUGGCUGUAUCAUCUUACCUUUUUAUGUAAGUAAUGCCACCAUCUGCUCCAGUGUCCUGGAACACAUAAACAAUGGUGAAAGCUUUUUUUUCAUGUUUUUUGAAAAUGAUGGAGAGCCCCUUGUGAUAUUCCUAAUUACUUCCCUUCAACUUAUCGUCUUGAUUUUUAUUCUUCGAUGUCUGGAAUGGAAGUUUGGAAAGAUUUCGAUGAGAAAGGAUCCCUUCUUUCGAAUUUCUCCAAGAAGCAGUGAUGUACACCAAAAUCCAGAGGAGCCCGAGGGGGAGGAUGAAGAUGUUGAGAUGGAAAGAGUGAGAACAGUAAAUGCCUUGAAUUCCACAAACUUUGAUGAGAGACCAGCCAUUAUUGCCAGCUGUCUACGCAAGGAGUACACAGUGAGGAGGAAACACUGCUUUUCCAAGAAGAAGAAGAAAAUCGCCACAAGGAAUGUCUCUUUCUGUGUCAGAAAAGGUGAGGUUUUAGGAUUACUAGGACACAAUGGAGCUGGUAAAAGUACAUCCAUUAAAGUGAUAACUGGAGACACCAAACCAACUGCUGGACAGGUGCUACUAAAAGGCAGCAGCGAAGGGGACCCUCUGGGGUUCCUGGGGUACUGUCCACAGGAGAAUGCGCUGUGGCCCAACCUGACAGUGAGGCAGCACCUGGACGUGUUCGCUGCGGUGAAAGGGCUGAGGAAAGCAGAUGCCACGGUCACCAUCACACGGUUGGUGGAGGCGCUCAAGCUGCAGGAGGAGCAGAAGCGCCCUGUGAAGGCCUUGUCAGAGGGAAUCAAGAGAAAGCUGUGCUUCGCGCUGAGCAUCCUGGGAAACCCAUCGGUGGUGCUGCUGGACGAGCCGUCCACGGGCAUGGACCCCUCGGGGCAGCAGCAGAUGUGGCAGGCGAUCAGGGCCAGCUUUAACAACACCGAGAGGGGCGCCCUCCUGACCACCCAUUACAUGGCCGAGGCAGAGGCCGUGUGUGACCGUGUGGCCAUCAUGGUGUCCGGGAGGCUGAGAUGUAUCGGUUCCAUCCAGCACCUGAAGAGCAAAUUUGGCAAGGAUUACCUGCUGGAGAUGAAGGUGAAGACCCUCGCCCACGUGGAGCCCCUGCACAGCGAAAUCCUGAGGCUUUUCCCCCAGGCUGCUCGGCAGGAAAGGUACUCGUCUCUCAUGGUCUAUAAGUUGCCGAUGGAAGAUGUGCGACCUUUAGCACAAGCUUUCUUCAAAUUAGAGAGGGUUAAACAGAGCUUCGACCUGGAGGAGUACAGCUUGUCACAGUCCACCCUGGAGCAGGUCUUCCUGGAGCUCUCAAAGGAGCAGGAGCUGGAGAAUUUUGUUGAUGAGCUUCAACCCUCCAUGAAGCGGAAGCUCCUCCCACAGGAAGAGGCGUGAAGCCCAAAUACUCUAUGUUUCCAUUCAAGCCUGUGGUUGUUCUUUAAGACAUUUAUUUUGAUAGCAUCAGUGUUUGUAUUUAGAACCUAUAUUGUGAACACUGACAUGGUUUUUGGUGUGGUGGAGAGGAGGAGUGAGUGCUGGGCAAAUGCAGUGACAACAGGGACAGAGGCACCCGACUGAGCCCACCUCCCAGUCCCAGCCUACGUGUGUCUGCAGGUCACCCUGAUCCCAUUUUUCGUUCUAAUGCUGAAUAAAUAAAUUUACAUUUCUGAAUAUGAUAUACAAAUUUUAUUUUAUUUUUUUAUCAAAAACUUAAAAUCCUUUUUUUGCUAACCUAAACUGAGAAAUCCAUAUAUUUACUUUUCAGCAAGUGUGAUACUUUAUAAAGCUGAUAUUUUAAUAAUAAUUUAAGUGAGCAUGUCAAAAAGUAUUAUACUUAUUGAAAAAUAUUUUAAUAUAUAUUUUAUGGCUAAAAAUAUGAAAACCUCACUCAUUGGUCAUAAAAUCUGAUAUCAAUAUAUUUGAUAACAUUUCCACUGGUAACACUAUCAGUCAUACAGAUCUGGAAAACUGAAAACUUGCUAUUAGGAAUGUAUUAUGCUUUUUUAUUUUUAUAAACCAACAGAGUCCUAUUUUCACUGUAUUUUUAAAUCUUUGCUAAAGAUGCUUGUAUUAUAACAUCUUUUAUGGACAUCUGCUACUUCAGCUCAGAAAGUUGAUAAAUGUAAUAGGUCCAGUGACCAAGUUGGACGAAAAUAUAAAAUAAAUCUGUUAUAUAUAGUUUUGAAAUGUC